CUUAAAUUUCCUGGGCGGGAGAAGAAAUAUCCCAGAUCUCCUUGCUAACUCCACAUCUGCGGAGCGGAAGGGAAGUCUCCAGUCACCAACGUGGAAUAAUCUCCUCCCGGGAAACGGAAACAUAGCAAUUCGCGCGCGGAAAGCGAAGAAAAGGCAACCAAGCUCUCUCUCUUCCUGGGAUGGCUGCUCCUGGGGGUGCCGUGCAGGAUCUCUGCGAGGAAGCCACUUGCUCCAUCUGCCUGGAGUGUUUCCGGGAUCCAGUGAUCAUCCCGGAGUGCGGGCACAACUUCUGCCGAUCCUGCCUGAUCCAGUGCUGGGAGAAGUCCGAGGGAGAGGCUUCCUGCCCUCUGUGCAGAGAAAUCAUUCAGCACAGGAACCUCAUCCCCAAUCGGCCGCUGGCAAAUGUUGUGGAAAUACUGGGAGCCGAGAAAGUCUCUCUUCCAGGGGAAAAGGGGGCAGAAAGAAAGGGGAGGGUCUGCGGGAAGCACCAGGAGCCCCUGAAGCUCUUCUGCCAGGAGGACAAAAGCCCCAUCUGUGUGGUGUGUGACAGAUCCAAGGAACACAAAAGCCACGAGGUGAUCCCUCUGGAGGAGGCCUUGCAGGAGUACAAGGAUCAGAUCAGCAGCUGCCUAGACAAUGUGAGGAAGGAGAGAGAGAAAAUCCUGGAAUUUAAAGCAGAUGCAGAAAAGGAAAGCCAAGACCUGCUUAAACAAACAGGUGCAGAGAGGGAAAAGAUGGUGGCUGAGUUCAGGCGACUGCACCAGUUUCUGGAAGAACAAGAGAAACGUAUUCUGGCCCAGAUGGCAGAAGUGGAGAAGGAGAUUGCAGCCAAAAGGGAGGAGCACCUGGCCAGACUCUCCAGGGAACUCUCCUCUCUUGACAGCCUCAUCCGGGAGAUGGAGGAGAAGCUUCAGGAACCAGCGAGUGAACUCCUGCAGGAUAUCGGAAGCUCCAUGCAGAGGUCUCAGGAGAAGGAGAACUUAGAGGAUCCUCCUGUGGCUUUUCCUCCUCCCCUGAAGUGGAGGAUCUGGGACUUCGGAGAUAUGAAUCUCUUCCUGGAGGGAGUCAUGAAGCAGUUCAAAGACACUCUGGACUCUGGACUUCAGCUGCAUCAAGAAAACGUCACAUUGGAUCCGGACACAGCAAAUCCCUGGCUCUCCCUGUCUGAGGAUCAAAAGAGUGUGCGAAGGGGGAAAGUGUUUAAAUACCUGCCAAACAACCCUGAGAGAUUUGACACAUAUGGCUAUGUGCUGGGAUGUGAGGGUUUCACAUCAGGCAGACAUUUCUGGGAGGUCAUUGUGGGAGGUGAGGAGGGGUGGGCGGUGGGGGUGGCCAGAAAGUCUGUGAAGAGGAAGGGCAAGUUCUGUUUUGAUACUAGGGAAGGGAUCUGGGGUUUGGGUAAGUGGGGCGGUGGGUACGAGUUAUCCUCCCCCCAUGAGUUCCCUCUUCCAAGUGAGGAGCCCAAGAGGAUCCGAGUGACCCUGAACUUUGAAGGGAGACGGGUGUCCUUUUACGAUGCAGAUACAGCAGUCCUCCUUUACACAUUCUCAGCAGCCUCCUUCUCAAGAGAGACCCUCCAACCCUUUUUUUACGUGUCUGCCGAUGGCCACCUGACAAUCUCUUGAGUGUAGAGACAGACAAGUCUUCUCCAGACUUUUCUCAGAGGCACUAAAGGGGAAGCCGUAUUGGAAGAACAGUGAUCGGCUGACCCGAGUCUCCGUCAUGGUGUAAUUCUUUUCUGAGGCCACUUUUGUUAACUGCACCAAUUGCUUGACUCUCCUGCCAGUCCUGAAACUUGCCUUUCACAUAUUACAUUGCAAUACAAAUGUACGAAAGCCAACACUAUUUCAUCCCCAUCCCCCCAUACAUUUACGUUUCUAUUUCCUCAAUCCAUCAUAUUCUUUUCUCCCUCCUCCCACUUCCCUCCGCCCCCCACUCGAUUUCCUCCACAUUAUACAAUUUACAAUAAUCUUUGCAUUCUACAGUCUUCUCAAGUCAUCUCUAUAUUUUUAUUAUCUUUCCUUACUAAUUUUUCUUCCAUCCAGUACAGUGGUACCUCUGGUUACAUACUCAAUUCGUUCUGGAGGUCUGUUCUUAACCUGAAACUGUUCUUAACCUGAAGCACCACUUUAGCUAAUGGGGCCUCCCACUGCCGCCGUGCCGCCAGAGCACAAUUUCUGUUCUCAUCCUGAAGCAAAGUUCUUAACCCGAGGUACUAUUUCUGGGUUAGCGGAGUCUGUAACCUGAAGCGUAUGUAACCCAAGGUACAACUGUACUUCACAUUUUAAUCUAAGCAUAUUAGCAUAUCUUUUUUUUUUUAGCAAUAUUUUGCCAUAUAUUCAUCAAAACAUUUCCACUCCUUUUUAAAAUUUUUGUUUCGACUGAUUUCUUAUUAUAGCAGUUAAUUUUGCCAAAAUUAAAUAGUCAUUUAGUUUACAAAUCCAUUCCUCUUUUGUGGGUAUAGUUUGUGACUUCCACCUAGCAGCAAUCACUAUUCUAGCAGCUGAAACCUGUCGUUCGUCUCUCAUGCUCUCCCUUGGGAAUUAGCUUCUUCAAUAGGUGCAGUGGGAACAGAGGUGAAAGGAAGUGACCUAGUAAUUGGAAUAAAAAAACAAUCCU